AUGGACGGGUCCUAUGACUACGAAGUAGAUAAUUCGGAAGUACAUUAUGACCACGACCCCACACUACAGCCUCCGAACGCAGCCAGUAACCCCCCGUCUUCUAUCCCGGUCAUCGACGCGCCCCGAGCAGCACCCCCAGCUUCCCGACCGCCACCGGCGAAUGCGCCGCCACCGUAUCACAGGAAAAAGUGUUAACGUUAACGGUUUUCACAGAUUGCAGUCAUGCAUCACAAACGUAGCCCAAUAUGCAUGCUAUGCAUGACAAAUUCUGACACGUCUUGUGAUGCGUUUCUGCAUCACAAAUUCCGUUAACGUUAACACGUUUUCUCGUGAUACACCGCCACCGCCGCCACCAGAAUCGGCGGUGCCGCCUCAGCCACAAGCGACUCCUGGUGCAUCUUCAAGUACAACUUCUAGACCUCCUCCUGCGAAAAACCCAGUGCCACCGCCGGGGUUGAGCAUGGAUUCCAGUAAAGAGUCGACGAAAGCUGGGGACAGUAGUUCUGCGAGCUCGUCCGCGACGGAGUGGCAGCAGGGAAACAAUAACCGACAUAGUAAUAGCAGCCAGAACAGCCACUUCACUCCGGAGUUGACGACGCCUGGGUUGCUGAAUUCCUUGAUGAAUAGCGCGGAGCAUAAUGCUGGUGGGACUAGUGGUAACAAAGCUAGCACGUCGAAUGAUUACAGCAGCAAUUCGAAUAACAACAGCAAUAAUAAUCCUUCCGGUGUGACCACCCACUUCGGCAUCGCGAUCCCGUCCGGCGGGAAGCUGAGCCAGAAAUCCGGGUCGCAGCUGGGUGGAGAAUCGGACGAUGAUCCGCAACAAAAUCUGUUGAACGCGUUGCUCGGCGGGAUGCACGAUUCUCCGGAGCCGGAUAGCAGUCCUGAUGUUCUCGGAAGGAAUAAUAUCGGGCAACAGCAAUAUGGUGCUUCAUCUUCUAGCAGUUACGGAGCUGCAGGAACUUCUAGUGGUUAUCAAAUGCAAAUAUGUCUGGGUCUGGAAGAAUGCAACUUGUCAUGCAGAUUUUCCAUGACCCAUGAGGUCUGGAAUGCGGGACCUGGCAUGACAAACUCUGCGAGGUCUCUGUCAUGCCUAUCCUGCAUGACAAAUCCCCUCCUAACGUGGUCGAAAGUGGAGAGCCUUUGGCACUCAUGCAACACAGAUUUUAGCAUGAUUCAGAUUUAGCAUCACAAGUUACUGUCUUCCAGACCCAGACAUAUUUGCAAUGCAUAGUGGUAGUGUUCCGCCAAUGACGAAGCAAAUCCCGGUAUCCUGAGUAAAAACGUACCCACACCAUAGUUGUCAUGCAAAUCUGCACGCUUGAAAUGUUUCUCAUGCGGAGCCCCAUGAGAAGCAUUUUCUAAUGGUGUUUUGAAAUUUGUCAUGCUCCAAUCAGCAUGGUGUGCUAGAUCUGUGAUGCUGCUGAGCUAGCUCAAACAGCACUACACGACGAAUCCAAAUUUGUCAUGCAAAACAGCCAAAACUUGUGGAUUUGUCUAGCAGAUUCCCCAUCCUGACUCUGGUGUGGGUACGUUUUUACGCAGGAUACCCGGAUUCCGCGCCGCCCCCCAGGCCGGUGCCGAGCCCGGUGCCGAGUCCGAACAUGGUUAGUACGGUUUCCCAGCACAUCAUCUCCUCGCCCAAUGUCGUAGGAACAUCGUCAAAUAUGAACGGUGCAGCUACAGGAUCUCCAGGAGGACUGCCACCCGCGCAGCAGCUCUCUGGCAGUCCCCAACAGCAGCAGAACACUGCUCUGCAGCUCAACCCGGCGUUUCUCUGUCAGCAAAAAAUCUACUACGGCAGAGUUCUGACGAAGAGACAGGUGAACUCCGAGGGCAGGGUGAUUUACAUCCUCGGGGAGAUAACAUCUUCCUCGAGCUUCGACUACGAACAGUACCUGUGGACCUACGCGUUGGCGGAGCGGAACGACUUCCGAUUGCGAAGUCUCGGCUUCGAUAUGGAGGCGAGUGACAUUGUGCAAUUUUCCGUGAACAUGAAUUCGCAGGCGAACUACCGGAGCGGUAACUGCUCUAUCGUCGUGGCUCGGAAUAUCACGCUGAUCACGCGAAACAUCGGCCGAGUUCCCGGAUCGAUUCUCUCUUCCAGUCCGGACAAGGACUCGCAUGGCUCCAUCGGGUCGAAAAACAGCAACGGGUUGUACUACAAUAAGCAGAGGAACAGUAAGAACUACAACGGAAAUUACGGCAGCAACACGUCUAACUCUGGUGAUCAAUCGGAUACAGAGACCUACAACCCAGACUUGUACAACGUGGUGAAGUGCCGCGCUCUCCUCGCUCUGGUCGAGCGGAUCCGCGCCGCUUGGGGGCAGGAUUUGCUCGUGGAUUUCAACUUAUCGUUAGACACCGUCGCGAACGAAUUGGCGAAUCAGCGGAAUGCAGCGAACAAUGCGGCGAUUAAUUUGCAGAAUUUGAAAAUCACAAAUGAGGAAAUCGUCCGGAUUCUUGAUUUAUCCUGUGCAAAAGUAUCGUACUCGUAUGAAUGCAAGUCUUGCAUUGCAAAUCUUUUUGCUAAGGCAAAUCCGCAUGACAAAUUUUAUUCUUCAUGCCAAGGAAAUUUGUAUUGCAACUUAUUACUAUAUAUUAUAUUCAUGCGAAAAAAGAGGUAGACAGAGGGUAAACGAGAGGUGGCCGAGAGGUCAAAAAGAGGUCAAAAGAGGUAAAAAAGAGGUCGACAGAGGUGGAGAGGUGGCGCGGGACCCCUUUCGAGAGGGUCGGCGAGAGGGUGCGCGAGUAUAGCCCGCCGAAGGCCCCACCUUAAGGCGGCGCCUAAGUGCCUCAGAGGGUGCAGAGAGGUCAAAAAGAGGGGGCGCGAGAGGUCGACAGAGGUGGAGAGAGGUGGCGCGAAUAAGGGGCGACCUCUCGCGGACCCUCUUGGCCACCUCUCGGCCACCUCUGUCGACCUCUACCCGCGAGUAUAGCCGGAUUAUUAGCGGGGACCCCCAAAAGAGGUCAAAAAGAGGGUCUGCGAGAGGUCUGCGAGAGGGUAAAAACGCAAAGUGGCGGGCGCGAAUCCGCAUGGAAGUCCCCAUAUUUGGCACUGCAGGCCAGUCGUGGACUUGUUUUGUUCGGCGCCUUUCCGCGCCACCCUCUCGCGCCACCCUCUCGCGCACCCUCUCGCGCAACCCUCUCGCGCCACCCUCCCGCACCACCCUCCCGCGCCACCCUCUCGCGCUACCCUCUCGCGCCUGGCGGCUUCUGUUCGCCCCCGGUGUUCUUUGCAGCUGCUCCCUGCGCAGAGCGCCCACAGGCGCGGGAAGCGCGCAAGUGGUCCUGCGGGUUGGCGCGGCGCAAACAGGCGGAAAGAGCGGGACUCCAGUAUGUUUCGUUGUGCAUAUUAGGCCCGUGGCGUUGUGGUCCGAUCGGCAAACAGUCUUGCCCCGGCCCAACAGCCCUGCGCUCCGGCGGCAGCCGGAGCAUGGCUGGUUUAUACUAGUGCGAUACUUUUGCAAUGCAUACGAUUCCGACGCCCAGGAGCGGAUGAUGCUGAUACAGAAUUGGGUCGGGUACAACAACCAUGUGAGUAACACGAAUUCGGAGGAAAGGAACAUCGUGGAGAAGUUGUACGAGUGUCAGGAGCUGCAGAUUUUGAACUAUGGGAAUCAGCAGAACAACUACAACCCGCUGACCCCGUUUAUUGAGAGAAAACAAAAUCAACCGAUCAAUUCGCACUUACCGGGCUACUUGCAGAAGUAUCAAAUGUAAAAAUGUCUGGGUCUGGAAGGUUGGAACUUGUCAUGCUAAAUCUGAAGGAUGCAAAAAUCUGUGUUGCGUGAGUCCCAAAAGCUGUCCGCUUUUGACCAAGUGGAGAGGGAGUUUCUCAUGCAGGAGAGGGAUGAUAGAGACCUCAAAAAAUCUGUCAUGCUGGGUCUCGCAUUCCAGACCUCAUGGGUCAUGGAAAACCUGCAUCACAAAUCUCGCAUUCUUCCAGACCCAGACAUUUUUACAUUUGAUAAGAAGAGUCCAACUGCGAUUGACAGCACGAGCAGACUGCGGAAGUUGCAAAACUCGCUGGAUAGUGACGCGUCGAACCCGUUAUGAACUGCAAAAUUAUCGUACUACUAGAAAUCGCAUGACAAAUUCUCUCAGCAUGAAAAAUGAAAUUUGUAAUGCGGAUUUAGCUUAAGAAGGAGAUUUGUAAUGCAUGACUGCGAUUAGUACGACUACGAUACUUUUGCACAGGAUACCCGUUUGUCGCGGAUAGCAAUUUGAGCAGAACCAGCUCGAACCAGACGCAGGUUUCGCCUAUGCACUGCAAAUGUGUCUGGGUCUGGGAGAGUGCAACUUGUCAUGCAGACUCUGGAUCACGCAAAAACUUGUGUUGCAUGAGCUGCACCAAAACUACUUGUUCACUUUUUGCCAGGAGACUAGCGAGUUUCUCAUGCAGGACAGGCAUCAAGGGACCUGAGAAAAAAAAUUUGUAAUGCUUUCCGUGCGAUCCAGAGCAUCCGUGUCGUCCGAAAGAUGCAUGACAAACUCCUGCACUCAUCCAGACCGAGACAUAUUUGCAUUUCAUAUUCCCAAGACGGAAGCAGAUUUACAACGAAUUGCGGCAUUGCGAUAGUUCGUUUUGGGACUUGUGCGUGGUGGAGUUAAUGACGCACUCGCCGCUGGACAAAAACCCCAUGCUGUUCUGGAAGUUGUUGUUUCUCUUCUUUUUCGUCGAGAAAGAGCUGAGAAUCACCGGCCCGCUGUUCCGCUUUGUCAAUUUCCAUCCGGAGACGUUUCAGGAAUCUGAUGGGUUUAAAAUUGACGUGUGCGGGAACAUCUUCCACUACGUCUUGUCCUCCAAACAGCACGCGCGCAGCUUCGGGAAGGAAUUCUUGCUGUUUCUGAUGCAGAUAGUCUUGAAAAAGGAGAACCUGAUAUCAGAGGGGUAUUUCAAACUCAUCAGUUUGAGGAUCACGGAACUGAUGCUGGAGUAA